AUGAAAUUCGGGUUGGUCCUUCAGGCUGCUGUCCUGCAGCUCGGCGCCGUCUCCGCGGCCGCUUCGGCGAACUGCACCGCCGACGCCGCCGACGCCGCCAAGGUCAAGCUCAUCGCCCCCGGCUCAAAGAGCUGCCCCAAGAGCCUGCCCGACUGCCGCACCGCCGAUCAGGCGGCCCCUUUUAUCUUCCGCAGCAUGUCCCGAUACAAUUUGAGCAGCGACAACGAGAUUGCCGCCGUCAUCGCCCUCAUGGCGUUUGAGUCGGGCGACUUUCACUACAAGCACAAUACCUUCCCGCCGCCGGGCAACCCCGGCCAGGGCACCGCCAACAUGCAGUCGCCCGCCUUUAACCUGCUCUACGCCAAGUCGCUCGACGGCGUCAAGGAAAAGGUGGCUGACGUGGAGACGGUUGAUGGGCUGGGGCCCGAGAAGCUCGACGAGAUCCUGGCGCUCGUCACGCCCGACGAGUACAACUUUGGCAGCGGGCCGUGGUUUCUGGUCACGCAGUGCGCGGCGACGGUGCGCGAUGAGCUCAAAGAAGAUAUCGAUUGUGGAUUCGAGUCGUACAUGGCCUGUGUGGGUGUCAAAGUGACAGACGACAGAAAGGCGUAUUUGACGCGUGCAAAGGAGGCUUUUGGCUUGUGUUGA